UUAUUAUUAUUAUAUUUUUUAAAUCAAUAAUAUCGAAAAUAUUUAUAGAGAAUGAGUUAGUCAGUUUUUAUUUUAUUCAUGUACUCGUUAGAAAAUUUUUUCUUAUUUAUUCGUCAAAUGUAAAACAUGUCUCUUUUACUUAUAAUUUGAAAAAGACAUGGACAGUGUAAAUCUGUGAUUGAUAAUAAUGAAAAAGAUAUGUGUAUCGUGAAUUACUUGAUUAGUAACUGGUAAACAACACAGUGUAUAUGAGAGAGCCUUUUGUUUAGUUAUUAUAUUUAUUGAGAUUGAGAGAGAGAGGGAAAGAGAGAAAGAGAGAUAGACAGAUUCACAUCUUAUAUUUUCUUAUUAGUAUCUCUCUCCCUCUCUUUCUCUCUCUCUCUCUCUCUCUCGUUUUCUUAUUCUUAGAGUAGUCGUCUUCUAGACGUCAAAGAAAACGCUCGGAACGUGCGUUAGACUCUUGCUUAUAAAUACAUACACUCGUUCGUUUCAAUAGCCGCUUGCGACGGCCACGUUUGACGUAAUAACACGAGAGAGUUCGCAGUAGCGAUCGAUCGAGGAGAGAGCGUGGAAUAAGAAAAACGAGCUGAGAAAAACGUAGUAACUACUACUACUUUGUCGUUUGCUUUGUUUAAUAAAAUCAUUAAAAAAUAUAAGGGGAAGAAGAAGAAGAAGAAGAAGAAUAUUUCUGCUGUAUAAAAAAAAAAAAAAAAAAAAAAAAAAAAAAAAACAAAAAAAGAAAAUAAAAUAAAAAAAUAAAAACAAUAAAAAAGAUAAAAUAAAAGAAUUAAUGGGCAGAUAUUACAACCGGAAGCAAAGAUUAUUUUCUAGAGAAGAAGAAAGGUCGUUCCUUUUGUGUGCGUGCGUGUGUGUGCGUGUGUAUGUGUGGUAUGUGUUUGUGAUCGCAUUAGUAAUAUACGUACAUAUAAUAUAUCAAGGUGUAUAUAUAUAUUAAUAUUAAAAGAAAGGGGAGGGGGUAAGAAAGGAGAGCGCCUGCUCGUCACACUCUCGUCGAGUUCGCCAUUGUCGAGUUCAACGUCGUCGAGAGUUCGUCGUCCUUUCGAAGAAGGUCCAACUCGAGGAAGAUUUAAUACUAGAAGAAAAGAAGAAAGGAAGAAAAAAAGAAAGCAAUUUUUUGUCAUCGUUUAUGAUUUUUCUUAAUCUUUUUAAGAAGAAUAAGAAGAAAAAAUGAAGAGGAAGUAGUGAUUUUGAUUGUGAACAUUUGCAAGAUAUUCAAGACAUUUAAGUCGAUCUCUUUUCUAUCUUAUCGUAUUACUUGGUCCAUCAGUCUCUUUUACUUUUGGCUACUUCCCUAUCUCUUUUUGAUAUAUACCUGAUGUAAUAAAAAAGAGAGAAGGCAUUAUCAGUUAUCAAGAAGCGAAAUGUGUCGGGAUUGGUUUCAACGCGUUCGACAAAAAUUCUACUUCCGUCUUAAGAAUUUGGAGGAACGCUGAAAGAAAGAAAGAAAGAAAGGAAGGAAGUGAAGGGAUAGAGAAUCGAAGAAGAAGAAGAAGAAGAAGAAAAAAGGAAGAAGAAAUGUUUGGCUUUCAGAGUCCAUUCACGAGAACAUCUCGCGGGAUAAAUUCCACGUCGGCUUUAAAUUCAAAAACAAAGAAAAAUAAAGAAUCGCCGAAGAGAAGAGGUUCGGAAGCAACCAGUGAAGGAUCUGGAUCAUCGUCGAUCAGAUACAUCGAUCAAGAGGCUUCGGUAUCGGAAGGUAGUAGUACCGACACGUUACCAGGGAUUAGGAUCGAUUAUUUGGACGUUGAUCCUUUGUCACCUGAACCAAGAGAUUCAUUGACCUCGCCUACCGAUGUAACCGUACAUUUAAAUGGUAUCGACGUUCUCAAGGAUAACUCUUCAGCUAAUUGUUCGUCACCGUCAUCUGGCAAUGGCAAUUUAACCGCCAAUAAUAUUACAAAUAAUACCGAAUUAUCAUCGUCAACAUCAAGGUCAACGUCCUCGUCGUCAUCCUUAUCACCGGGUGCUGUCGAAACGAGAAACGAUCCUUUAACGACUAGAUUUUCUUCUACGGACGAUGGAAAGACCGAAACCGAAGAAGAAGAUGGUGCCGCCGAAGGUGCUUCUUCCAGAGUAUCCCUUCUCUCUCCGAUAAACGUGACCAAUCGUUCUACGAGCGAUGAUUUACUUUCUAUUGAAAAUGGAUUCGAUGCUAGCGAAGAGGAGGAAGAGGAAGAUGACGAUUACGAGGAAGAGGAUAACGCUGAAACCGAAGAAGCUUCCUCGUUACCUUCCAGUCCCGCUGCUGCAUCGAAAGUUGUUUUAACAUCGUCGAGUACCGUUCCUUAUUACGAAUUUCUUUCUGUUAAUGGUUGUACAAUCAGACAAGAAACAACCAGUACAAGUUCGCCACAGCUUUCAACCGGACUUUGUGUUCCCACGACGAGAUCGUCCAGUUGCGAAUCGGCUACCAGCGAUAAUACCAGAGAUCCCUUCGACGAUAAUUCUUUAAGCGCUUGUUAUUCCAUGCUCGACGAUAAUUCUAUGGAGGUUGAUUCUAUAAUCAAUUCAUGUCCAGUUACUAUUAGUUUAACUCCACCCAAAGUACCUGCUGCUCGUUCUUGUAAUAUUUUAGAAAGACUUUUAGAAGACAUUUAUACCAUCGGUACUCCUGAACCUUUAGCCGGAUACGGUCCUAGAUUUAAACUUUUGGAAGAGGGAGACGUUCAAGUUUAUUAUUUCGAUCAUGACGAUCGUACACUCGUCAGGAAGAUCAUGUUCAUUAAAUUUUUACGACGUUGGGAAACUCAUCAUAUUUAUUUGAACGACGAUUGCUUAUCCUCGAAAACGGCUACUGGUUUCUUACAACAACCAAUUCCAUAUAGCAGUUUUUAUGUUGAAAAGUACGCCGUCGGUAGAUUGGGUACAACGUAUAAAAGUUGCUUAAGAAUAUAUUUAGGUAAUGGCUCAUUGUUAUUGCAAGCAAAUGAUUCUUAUACGAGGGACCAGUGGUAUCAUUCUAUAAAUUGGAAGAAAAGUCUCUUCCAAUUUAAACACAAAGCAUCAGUGAGCACAAAAAACGUUGUCCUACGUGAAUUACGUUUAAUGGUAGAAUUCGCAUUGUCUACGCCGCUUCAGGAUGAAAGAGUAGCUUGUGCAGCCAUGGAAGCCGUAGCAAAAUUAUUAGAGGCACCUUGGGGUUCUAAAUCAUUGAUAGAGCAAGAUGAUGAGGAAAAAGAGAAAAUAGAAGUGACAAAAGAAGAGGAAGGAAGUUGGGCUCUGUUCAUUUUGCCAGUUGCUGCGCCACUCCUCGAAAAAGCUGCUCCACCUGCUGCAUUAGCUCGUGUAUUAGCUAGAUUAGUUCGACAACAUCCUAAAUUUCGUUUAGUAAAGUACCUUGCUCCGGCUAUCACCAGGUGCCUCAAACAUACCGUUGAUUUUGGCAAGUCUCCUGAUAUGAGAAAACUCUUGCAAGUUUUUGUUGCCGCUCUAUACGAUAGUAACGAGGGUAACGAUGGUGAAAGAGCGAUCAGGGAAUAUAUUGCUUCCGUUCAUGGACCUGGAAGUGAUUGUCCUCAUCCAAGAGUAUUACCAAACUUGGUCUCAGUCUGUGUUGCAGCUAUAUUUCAUAGAUUCGAAGAUGGCAAUUGUGGUGGUUCAAAUGGAGGCGAGGAUAAACCAUCGACAUUACCACCUCUUGAUUGUUACCUUUUAGUUUUAAAUGUUGCAUCAGAAUAUGCCGACUGGAGACCAGGUUUAGCUGGUUUGUUACAACCAGUACCAUUUCCUGAAGAAGCUCUUACCGUUAAAGAAGUACAAAAAUCGAUUCUUGCUCGUGCUAUUCGACGUUUGGCUAAGGAUUCGAGAUGCGCGGUUCAUCAAGUUCUCCUUCCAGUCAGAGAACCGCGUCCAGGUUGGCUUCACAUAGCUGCACCAUCCAGUCCUGCUUGUCCUGAUCGUGGCGAACUAUUUGGCGAAAUGCUGACUACACUUCUGGCAUGCUGUUGUCGAAGAAAAAGAUUUGUCGGCUCGUUGAUGAAACAAGCUAAAGACGAUUGUAUUCUCCUUGCUGUCAGAGGAUGCGGUGCUGCCCAAGAAGCACUAUGCCUUAUGCUCGAGUGGCGUCUACUGCCAAACGAAGAAGCUAGGCUUCAGAUAGUCAAUGCCCUCGAAUCUACUCCUUCUGGUAAAACCCGUUACGCUGCACUCUGCCAGAGACAAAGGAAUUUACAAGAAUUGCAACAAAAAGGUGGUCCAAGAAAAUUGACACUUCCAGUACGGGCAACAGACGCCGACGUUGCCCUCCUACUUGGUGGACGUGCUUUAGGUAAUUUAGAGUGUCUCAGUUUAGCCUUUACAUCUGUUACAUCCGCCUGUGCCGAACAGUUGAUUAAAUUACCAGCGUUGAGGUAUUUAAAUCUCUGGGCUACUCAAUUUGGAGACGCUGGCUUGCAAAUGAUCAGCGAACAUUUGCAAAAAUUGCAAGUAUUAAAUCUCUGUGAAACACCAGUUUCGGAUAAAGGCAUCUCUACUUUAGCUUCCCUGACAAAUUUAAGAAAGUUAAAUUUGAAUAGUACCAAACUCUCGGCUCAGACUUUCGAAUCAUUGAAGAAAAGAUUACCGGCAUUGCAAGAAUUUGAUGUUCGUUAUACGGAAGCUUGGUGACCAGAACCUAUAUCGAGCCGGAACCAUUAAAAGACAUCAGUUUGUUCAGGAUGAAGAAACAUCGUAAAAAAUGUUAAAUACGUUAGUUCGACGAAUAGAGAAAAAGGUUCAUUUUCACUUAGAUAUUAAUCCAUAAAAUUCGCAUUUUUCUCUUUAUCUAUCUUUCUCUAUCUCUCGACGUUCUCGAAAUCAUCUUAUUUCAAACUUUUGCAUUCAUUCGUCAUAUGUAUUUCCCCUUUUGUAAAAACUCUAACGCAUAAUGUUAUAUACUCUCUUGAUCGAUAAGAUCGAUCUUGGAGAAGAUCCUUCUUUUAUUUGUCAAAGAUAAAAAUACAUACGCACGAAUAUGAAAUAAUUGUUGUUAAAAGAAGCCAUUUAAAAAGGGGGUCAACUUCUCUCUGUGUCUUUUAAAUCUUACAUAUCACAGCUGCCGUUUCCAUGUUAUUAAAUGCCAAGAAGAGAGAGAGAGAGAGAGAGAGAGAGAGAGAGAGAGAGAGAGAGAGAGAGAGAGAGAGAGAGAGAGAGAGAGAGAACAACAAACGUGUGGUGAUAAACUUUCCAAUUCUUCUUCCGCGAGUAAUAUAAUAAUAAUGAUAAUAAUAAUAACAAACGAUAAUAAAAUAAAUUACGUCUUUAAAUUGGAAAAUUUCCUACAAGGAUAACUAUCUUAUAUAUAUAUAUAUAUAUAUAUACAUAUACAUAUAUAUAUAUAAUAUAUAUAUAUAAAAAUGUAUAUUUUUUUUUCGUUUUUUUUUCCCCUCUAAUUCAAAGACACUUCUCCAGCGAGAGAAAAGAAUUUAACAGGCGAAUCUAGAGGAGCGUCGAUCGCUACGUUCAAAAACGUGAAUAAAUAAUUAAAUAAAUAAAUGUAUACUUUGAGUGAUAUUGUGAAUAAUCAUGGAAAUUGUCUAAGAUGAUAAUGAGAAAUAAUUGUUGAUGAGAAAGAUCUAAAAAGAAAAGAAAAAAAAAAAAAAAAACUAGAAAAACGAGACUCUUCUUUCCCAUGAAGGGUGGCCCAACUGCCUUAAUCAGCCAGUUCUUAGCAACCACUGCCACGAUGCUACUCUAAUCGAGUGAAGUCAAGUCAAGUGAAGUUAUGUCAAGUCAAGCCAAGUCAAGUCAAGUCAAGUCAGAGUCGAAUCGAGUUGAGCCGUAAAUAAUCUUCGCAACAAGAGAAUAAGAUUGCAUAAUUUUUCUCCGUCUCUGUUGUAUAUACCACAGAGUUAUGUGAAAACUUUACGAACAGAUACAUACAUACAUAAAUCAUACAUAUAGUGUAUAUAUAUAUAUAUAUAUAUACAUAUAUGUGUAAUAUGAUAUAAUAUAAGCUACUACGUUCGAUGCUUCUCCGAGGAAAAAAAUAUACUUGAUUAAAAUUACACGUUAACUCGGAGACCAGAUGUAAUCUUUGUUUCUUAGUGUAAAUAGUUAAGUAAUAAGGCAUAAAGACUAAUAUCUUUGUCCUUAAUGAUUAAACGUAGAUUUUUAAUAAUUUAUUGUUUUAGCUAGGAGAAUUUUUCUGCAAAUUUAUUAUUGUUAUUAUUAUUAAUUGUAUCCAUUUACCUAAUCUAUUUAAUAAUUACUUAAUUAUCUACCUAAACUACCGAUCGAUUUGAUAUCGAUCGGUAAUGUAAUAUGCUAUAAUAAUAAUAAUAAGCACCUAUUCGAACUUGUAUCGACACGAAAAUACAUUGGAAUUAAUAAUAGUCGAAGAGAAAAAAGUUGGUAACUUUUAUUCAAAUGAUUUAGACAAAUUUUUAAUUAGAAUCUGAAUUAAAACGAGUUAUCCAAUGGCAAAAUGAUCAGUCCAUCUUAUUGGAUUUGCAAUAUUUAUUAUCGUCAAAGGUAUAAUGAACGAACGAAAGAAUCUUUUAUUCUUUCUCUUAGAAAAUAAAAUAAUACGCGAGAACGAUCGAUCGAUCAAACGAAUCUCUUAUUUUAAUCAUUCUAAUACUAUAUAUAAAUAUAUACUAUAGUUGAUCUUUCUAAUUAAUGAACGACAAUGGUUACCUCUGUAAUUUCGUUUCGAAAAGCAUUGUGAGAAAGCUGCAUUGGGAGCAAGCAUUGUAAGAAGACUGUUUAUGUCAAUUUCAAUCUCAAUAAGAAAUUAUCGAAUUAGGAUGUGCCGUGAUGAUGAUUAUUAUUAUUAAUUCAUCGAUUUAAUGGCAAAUAAUAAAAUUUCAAUUUAAUACACCUCGAUCAUGAAAAAGAA